UUCAGGCGUCGUGCGUUACUGUGCUCGUUUCUCCGCUGCUCCACCGCCAUCCAACUAGGAUCAUUUAUACGUUCAGAGGAUCCUGCGGAUAAUAUAAAAAAAUAAAAUAAUACUCGCAAAAUGCGUUCGAUCACGGUUACCUUCCUGCUUCUGGCAUUCUGUGCCUCAACGACUAUCUGGAAAGCCAGUGCCCUGGAAUGCUACCAGUGCAGCGGAUCCCUCUGCGACGAUCUGGACAACGUGCCGGUGGUUAGCUGCAAUGCGGAUGAUGAGCCAUCCGAAGCGACAACCCCGACGGAUGAACCUUCAACCGGCUCAACGGCCACCCCAACAGGAUCUACAGCAGGUGGAUCAAGUGGUUCUACAGCUGGUGGAUCAACCGAUUCUUCAACCGACUCAACCACAGAGUCUGCGACUGACUCCACAACCGAUGGAACUACAGAUUCUACAACUGACGAAACUACCGAUUCGUCGACAGACGAAACUACUGAUGCUACAACUGAUGGAGCUACGGAUUCGUCAACAGGCGAAACUACAGAUUCGUCAACUGAUCAAACGACCGAUUCAUCAACCAAUGCUGCAACGGAAUCAACAGAUUCUUCUAGCAAUACUGCAAGUGAAUCUACUGGUUCUACAACUGAUGGAACUACCGAUUCAUCAUCCAAUACUCCAACUGAAUCAACCGAUGCUUCUACCGAUUCUUCGACCGAUUCUUCAACAAAUGGAUCCACCGAUUUAUCCACAAAUUCUGCAAGUGAAUCAACGGAUUCUUCUACCAAUGCUGCAAGUGAAUCCACAGACUCUUCUACCAAUGCUGCAAGUGAUUCCACAGAUUCGUCAACCAAUGCUGCAACUGAAUCAACAGAUUCAUCUUCCAAUUCUGCAAGUGAAUCCACAGACUCUUCAACCAAUGCUGCAAGUGAAUCCACUGAUUCUUCAUCUAGCACUGCAACUGAAUCCACAGACUCUUCUUCCAAUGCUGCAAGUGAAUCAACCGAUUCAUCAACAGUUUCUCCAACCGAUUCCUCAAGCGACUCUACUUCAAGUGAUUCCUCAACCGAUUCUUCGACAGCUGCAGCAACUGUAUCUGGAGAUGUCUCUGCUGUAUCAGCUCGUAGCAAAUCUUCGGCUGCCAUGGCCACAGAUUUGCUGCUCCAGAACUAUCGCACCAAUUCCCGUAAUCGAAGGGACACGGAUGGUAACAUUAAGAUGACUGCCUGCUAUAGCAUUAUGACGGAUAAAGGGAAAGAACUCGGCUGCAUUCGUGUACAGAAUGGUCAGAGCGGCUGUAAUGCAGUGCGCACAGAGGUCGGCCUUCCAGUUGUUCCUGACACUGAAAAUGACAAUCCCCCUAAGAACGAUUGCAACCUCUGUUUCGACAGUCGCUGCAAUAGCAGCGCCAGUCUACGCGUGUCUCUGGGCAUGCUGCUUCUACUCCUGGCGGCGGGUGUGAAGAACUUCCUCUAGAAGCAGUUCUGGAGCGAUGGUUGGAUUGAACAUCCAUGAGUUGUAUUAUAUAUUGACUUUUAAAUAUUAAUAAAUAAAACAAGUAAAAACCAUUGACUGAAAAGUUGCUUAAU